AUGGACGUGUGGGGCCCAGCCCGUGUCCGUGGUCAGGGUCAGGAGAGGUACUUCCUGAUAGUUGUUGACGACUACUCGCGCUACACCACGGUCUUCCCCUUGCGCACCAAGGGUGAGGUCCCUGAUGUUUUGAUCCCUUGGAUCCGCAGAGCUCGUCUCCAGCUCAGCGAGCGUUUCCACUCGGACUUUCCUGUCCUGCGCUUGCACUCUAACAGAGGUGGUGAGUUCUCCUCCGACCUCUUGGCAGCCUACUGUGCUGAGCACGGCAUUGAGCAGUCGUUCACACUUCCGGCCUCUCCACAGCAGAAUGGGGUUGCUGAGCGCCGCAUUGGCUUGGUCAUGGAGAUCGCUCGUACCUCCCUGAUCCAUGCGGCUGCUCCCCACUUUCUGUGGCCGUUUGCGGUCCGAUACGCUGCGCAUCAGCUCAACCUCUGGCCCCGUGUCUCCUUGCCGGAGACUUCCCCGACUCUGCGGUGGACGGGAGAGGUUGGCGAUGCGUCGCGUUUUCGGGUCUGGGGAUCCCGAGCUUUUGUUCGCGACACGUCCGCGGACAAGCUCUCCCGUCGCGCUGUCCCCUGUGUCUUCCUUGGCUUUGUCCCGGACGCGCCUGGCUGGCAGUUUUACCACGUCACCUCGCGCCGGGUUCUGCCUUCUCAGGACGUCACUUUUGACGAGUCCGUCCCCUUCUACCGCCUCUUCCCCUACCGCACUGCCCCGCUCCCCCCCCCCGCCUCUCUUCCUCGCACCAGGUGCUGCUGUGGUAGACCCCCUCCCCCCUCAGGGUGCCGCUCCCUCAGAGGUCCUGAGCCUGAGCGUGAGGAGGCUGACGGUACUGAGUCUGGAGGUACUGAGCCUGGGGGUGCUGAGACUGGGGGUGCUGAGCCUGGGGGUGCUGAGCCUGGUGGUGCUGAGCCUGGGGGUGCUGAGCCUGGGAGUGCUGAGUCUGGGGGUGCUGAGACUGGGGGUGCUGAGUCUGGGGGUGCUGAGCCUGCGCGUGCUACACCUGGAGGAGCUCUCUCCUCCCAGCAGCUGCAGGAGAGUCUUAGGAGUGGUGCUCCUGGUGCUGCGGACCCGGACGUUGGAGCUGCUGCUGGUGCUGAGGACCCGGGCGGUGGAGCUGCUGCUGGUGCUGAGGACCCGGGCGGUGGAGGAGUUGCUGCUGGUGCUGAGGACCCGGGCGGUGGAGCUGCUGCUGGUGCUGAGGACUCGGGCGGUGGAGCUGCUGCUGGUGCUGAGGACCCGGGCGGUGGAGCUGCUGCUGGUGCUGAGGACCCGGCCGGUGGAGCUGCUGCUGGUGCUGUGGACCCGGACGGUGGAGCUGCUACUGGUACUGAGGACCCGGCCGGUGGAGCUGCUGCUGGUGCUGAGGACUCGGGCGGUGGAGCUGCUGCUGGUGCUGAGGACCCUGGCGCUGCUGUCUCUGCUGGUUCUCGAGACGCUGCGCGGCCGCGACCGUACUUUGUACCGCUCCUUCAGCAGGUUCUUGGUCAGCCUCCUCCUCCUUGUCCUCCUCCCUCCGUAGAGUGUCCUCCGCCUGUCCAGUCGCAGUCACAGUUCCCGCCUGCCUCGCCUCUUCCUAGUCCCUCUCCUUACACUGGUCCCACAGGAGGCCUUACAGAGCGUCGUCAGCCUGAGUCUCGUCCAGCGUCGCCUGUUCGUACUGCUCGUCCUGGUCGUCGUGUCCAUCGUGAGCGUCCUCCUCCUGUCCCAGGCACUCACUACAUGACUCUGCGUCCGUCCACUGCUCCUCAGCGUGUCCCUCUGCCGUCUCCUCCUGCGUCCUCUCUACCUACUCUUCCUGACCCGGAGUCUGACUCCCGUCGUGCUGCCAGUCCCACUGUCACGCGUCUCCUCGCCACCGUUGUCACUGACCCUACCUUUGAGUCCGCCGCUGCGUCUGCUCUGGUCGCUGAGUUGGUUGACUUUGCUGCUCGGUGUCGCCUAGACUACGCUGCUAGCCUUGUUGCUGAGUCUGAGUCUGCGUCUGUCUGUCCUCCGUCCGUCGGGGGUGAGUGUGCUCUUGGCACGGACGUCCUUGAGGACAGACAGGAGGAGUUCCAGUGCUUUGCUGCUGCUUUGCCCCAUCUCGUGUCCAUGCUAGUUGCCCCUGAGGGAGACCCGGAUGCACCAGACAUCCCGACCCCGCGCUCUUACGCUGAGGCGAUGGCGGGUCCCUACUCCUCUCAGUGGCAGACAGCCAUGGACGCAGAGAUGGCUUCCUGGAAGUCCACACGCACCUACGUCGACGAGGUUCCCCCACCUGGGGCGAACAUCGUCAGUGGCAUGUGGAUUUUCAGGGUGAAGCGGCCACCGGGUUCUCCUCCUGUCUUCAAGGCGCGCUACGUUGCUCGAGGCUUCAGUCAGCGAGAGGGAGUAGACUUCUUUCAGACCUUCUCCCCCACCCCGAAGAUGACGACUCUUCGGGUGCUGCUGCACAUAGCCGCUCAGCGCGACUACGAGCUUCACUCACUUGACUUCAGCACUGCUUUCUUGCAGGGCAGCCUGCACGAGGAGAUCUGGCUGCGCCGCCCUCCUGGCUUCACUGGGUCGUUUCCUCCUGGUACCCAGUGGAGGCUUCAGCGGCCAGUCUACGGUCUCCGGCAGGCUCCACGUGAGUGGCACGACACACUGAGGGAUACACUUGCGGCUCUUGGGUUCGCACCUUCUACUGCUGACCCGUCGCUGUUUCUGCGCACCGACACUUCGCUGCCGCCGUUCUACAUCCUAGUGUACGUCGACGACCUGGUCUUUGCCACUGCUGACACUACGGGACUCGCCUACGUGAAGUCGAAGCUGCAGAGGAGACACACGUGCACAGACCUGGGUGAGCUGACAAGCUAUCUUGGCUUGCGGAUCACCCGGGACAGAGCACGGCGCACCAUCACCCUGACUCAGUCACACAUGGUGCAGCAGGUUCUCCAGCGCUUCCGCUUCACGUACUCCUCGCCUCAGUCCACUCCUCUGCCUACCGGUCACUCGCUCUCAGCUCUGCCUUCGGAUGAGUCCGUAGAGCCGAGUGGCCCGUAUCCAGAGCUUGUGGGCUGCCUCAUGUACCUGAUGACCUGCACUCGACCUGACCUUGCAUACCCUCUUAGCAUCCUUGCACGCUAUGUCGCUCCUGGCCGUCACAGGAAGGAGCACAUGGAUGCUGCUAAGAGGGUGUUGCGCUAUUUGUGCAGUACGUCGGGCAUGGGGCUAGUGCUUGGAGGGCGAGACCGAGUUGUGCUCACUGGACACUCAGACGCUUCUUGGGCGGACGACCAGGCUACUCAGCGGUCGUCUCAGGGUUACACUUUCAGCCUUGGCUCUGGCUCUGUCUCUUGGCGCUCUACGCGUUCUUCUUCUGUUCUCAGCUCCAGUUGUGAGGCUGAGAUCUACGCCACAGCCAUGGCGGCCCAGGAGCUACGCUGGCUGACCUACCUGCUGACCGACCUGGGAGAGCGACCUCGUUCUCCUCUAGUUCUGUACGUCGACAACAAGGCUGCCAUUGCCUUGUGUGAGGAGCACAGACUGGAGCACAGAACGAAGCACAUCGCCCUGCGGUACUUCCUUGCUCGAGAGCUGCAGCAGCGCGGCCAGCUUCGUCUUCGUUACGUGGCCACUGAGGCCAACACUGCUGAUGUGUUCACCAAGGCGCUUCAGCCUUGUGACCAUCAGCGUUUUUGCACUCUUCUAGGCCUUGUGCCUACUGGACCUCACUUACUUACUUCUUGA